AAUCGGGUCUCUCUGUCAAGUUUCCACUUUUGAUUGCUUUCUACGCCAAAAACGAAGCUCCGACGGCCGAAGUUUUCGACAUCAAGCAGAAAAGAAGCGUAAAGAAUGGCGACGCCGAUGGUUCUGGACCCGAAUCCAACUCCGAAGCCGGUUUUGGAGCUUCCGGCGACUCGAUCCGGCACAUCCACUCACGACCUCUCUUCCGACGCCGAGGACGAUCUCUACUCGCGGCUGAAAUCCCUGGAGCGGCAGCUGGAGUUCAUAGAGAUCCAAGAGGAGUACGUGAAGGAUGAGCUGAAGAAUCUGAGGCGGGAGCACCUCCGGGCGCAGGAGGAGGUCAAGCGGAUCCAGUCGGUGCCCCUCGUGAUAGGGCAGUUCAUGGAGAUGAUUGACCAGAACAACGCGAUUGUCGGUUCCACCACCGGCUCCAAUUAUUAUGUCCGGAUUCUCAGCACCAUCAAUCGGGAGCUUCUCAAGCCCUCGGCUUCUGUUGCAUUGCACCGCCACUCGAAUGCACUUGUCGAUGUGCUUCCUCCGGAAGCUGACUCCAGUAUUUCGCUGCUCAGCCAAUCUGAAAAGCCGGAUGUCACCUACACUGAUAUUGGAGGAUGUGACAUUCAGAAGCAGGAAAUCCGUGAGGCAGUGGAGUUACCUUUGACUCAUCAUGAAUUGUACAAACAGAUCGGUAUAGAUCCUCCCCGUGGUGUCUUACUCUAUGGUCCUCCUGGUACUGGUAAAACUAUGCUUGCAAAGGCUGUUGCUAACCACACAACGGCAUCUUUCAUUAGGGUUGUGGGCUCAGAAUUUGUCCAGAAGUACCUGGGUGAGGGUCCCCGUAUGGUUCGUGAUGUUUUCCGCCUAGCCAAAGAAAAUGCACCUGCAAUCAUAUUCAUUGAUGAGGUAGAUGCAAUUGCCACUGCUAGGUUUGACGCUCAGACUGGUGCUGAUAGAGAAGUUCAGCGUAUUCUAAUGGAGUUGUUGAAUCAGAUGGAUGGGUUUGACCAGACUGUCAACGUGAAAGUUAUAAUGGCAACUAAUCGAGCAGACACAUUGGACCCUGCACUUCUGCGUCCUGGAAGGCUUGAUCGGAAGAUUGAAUUUCCAUUGCCAGAUAGGCGUCAAAAGAGGCUUGUGUUUCAGGUGUGUACUGCUAAGAUGAAUUUAGGUGAUGAGGUAGACUUGGAGGACUAUGUUUCCAGACCUGAUAAGAUCAGUGCUGCUGAGAUCGCCGCUAUUUGUCAAGAAGCGGGAAUGCAUGCAGUGCGCAAGAACCGGUAUGUUAUCCUCCCCAAGGACUUCGAGAAGGGGUACAGGACAAAUGUUAAGAAGCCUGAUACAGACUUUGAAUUCUACAAGUAAAAUCCGAGAAGAGAGUCCAGCCAUAUAUGUGCCUGCUUGCUAAAAAUUUUAAUGGAUAACUCUCAGGAAUGCAAACAUGCUGCUUCUGUAUUUUAGAACCUUUGUCUUUCGCCAUCCAUGAAUUGAUGAUUUAAUUGAUGAUUUAAAGAACACUUGGAUUGUUAUUUUCUCCCAAAAUAUAAAUCAGUCCAUUCAUGUGUUGCUCUUUUAA